AUGCAGAGUGUGUCAAAGCCCCAACGGGACGCUCUUCUCAAGGCCAGGAGGCUGCUGGUCAAACACCCCGCUGCAGCAGCAGCACUCAAUCCACCCAACCACCUCAACCACUACCACAACCGCCAUAACCAAACGGUUACGACAGGUUGUACGACCACUACCGCCAUGAACACCACCACCAUGAGCACUACAGCCCCAGCUACAGCUAGAGCUACAAACACACCUAACCAGGUGUCCACGUCAGCUCCCCGCUUUGGUUCCGGAGUACUGGCUUCGGAGCACUUGGAGCGGUGUGUCGCGUUCUGUGUGAUGUGUUUAGACGAGAAACUGUACGACGAGCUGCUCCGUGGCGGCGCCGCCGGUGCCGCCGGUGCCGACGCUGGCGGCUUCAAUAGCGGCGGCGGUGUUGGAGGCCGUGAUGACGGCGUCACGCGGGCGGCAGUAGCCGCAACCCUCACCCCCACCCCCCCCACCACGGGACUCUCCUCCACACCCAUGUAUCUGCUGCGGACGGGCUCCUGGCCGCUCACCCCUCUGUUGCCAUCCUCGUGGUCAUCCUCGUCCUGGCCGGCUGCUAACGGGCAAGGAGGAGCAGCAGUAGCAGCAGGAGGUGGGUGUCCGGCCCCAUUACUCUCCAAGCCGCAGCCGCAGCCGCUGUCCCGGGCCACCUUGAUCUCUCUGCUAGAUCGGGUGCUGGUGGGGGCGCCCUGCCCCGUGCUGUGCUGCAACUCCAAGGCGCUUCUCCGGGCUACACCCUGGAGGCCUUGUGUGCGAGGUCGCCUGUUCGAGUCCGUGCGGGUGCGAGUUCAGCCCUGGUUGAGACCCCAGGCGGUCCAGGUGGAGAUGCAGGUAUGUUGGCUCCUCGCCCAGAUGGAGGCGGUGGGUAUGGCGGUGGACACGGCCGGGCUGGGGCGCCAGGCGGCAGCUGUACGGCAGCGCAUGGAGGCGCUGACGUCAGCCGCUUCCUCCCUGCUGGGAGGUCGUACCAUCAACCUGGGGAGCAGUGCCCAGUUGGCGGUGGUGUUGUACGACGAGUUGGAGCUGCCGCCGCCGGUACCGCAGGGGCAGCGGGAUGCGGCUGGGGUCUCUCGUACUGCAGUACCGGGCGUUACAGAACGUGCUAAGCAAGUGGUUGGAACCCGAAUGGAUGGCACCGCUGCGGGAGCGGAGCUGGAUGACGGCGGCGGCGGCGGCGGCGGCGGCGGCAGACGGGGACCCGGCGGCCGCUGGAACCGGUUACGACGGGGCUUCCAGUGGGCCGUUACCAAGUACGAGGUGGUUGUGCCGCUGGGCGAUACCACGGAGGGCUCUCCAUGCGGAGGGGGUGGGGAGGAGGGGGCCGGGGUUUUGAGGGGAGACCGACUGGUGGUGGUGGCUCGUAACGCCUUCGUGGCCCCCCCUGGACGACUGCUUGUGGCCGCGGACUACAGCCAGAUUGAGUUGCGGUUGUUGGCUCAUAUGAGUGGCGACCUGAGGUUGCAGGAGCUGUUGAAGAGGGGGGUGGAGCAGUCGGAGGGGAGGGGAGGAGGGGGAGGGGGAACCGACGCGUUCAGGCACAUCGCUGCGUCCUGGCUGAGGCCCGGAACUGCACCCGCGGACGUUAGCAGUCGAGAUAGGGAGCAGGUUAAGCGGGUCGUGUACGGCAUUAUAUACGGCAUGACUGCACAAGGCCUGGCGCAACAAUUGGCGGAGUACGGGGUGGGCCUGGAGGAGGCCACAGCCCUGCGUACAUCCUUCCUGCGCCACUUCGCCGGAGUGCAGGCCUUCAUUACCUCGAGUUUGUAUCACGCUCGCCGUCACGGCUACAUCACCACUGGGCUUCUGGGCAGGAGACGGCCCAUUGCCGGAGUGAAUAGCAGCGACCCACGGGUGGUCAACAGCAUCGUACAGAUCCACGACGAGCUGGUGUUCGAGGUGGACUCGAGGCCGGAGGUUGUUAGGCGGUUGGUGGUUGCUGUACGGGAGAUCAUGUGCGGGGUGGUUAGCCUGAACGUACCACUGCUGGUCAAGGUGGCCGCGGGGCCGACCUGGGGAGCGCUCAAGGAGCUGCCUCCUGGUUUCGGAGAGUAG